AUGCCACCAGCCACUGCCCGCUCCGGAUCCAGAUCUGGCAGCGCUCUAAAUCUAGGGAACAACAAAGUCCGCUUAAUCGUCGUUGCCUCGACUAUUGUCGCCUUCCUCUACCGUUCUUUAACGCAGCGUUCUCCACUCCUCUUUCUCUCUACCCCACCCGCUCUCCCUAGCACCCACGGCUGCACCAUCCACCACCCCACAAUCCUCAAAAAUUGCGAGGACAUCUCACAACUCCCCGGUACGCCCUACACGUUCCUCUCCUGUGAUCCUGCCCGGCGAGAAUGGUCUCACGCCUUCGGGUCCUACCCCAGCAAGGCUCCUGUGGGUGAAGUCUACCUCUGGAACCAUCUCACACCCGAGACCGAGCCAAUUCUCAUCUCCGGGCAUACCUCCCUCGGGGGCGACUUCCAUCCCCUAGGUCUCUCUUCCGUUAACGUUACCGACGGGGUCGCCCGCGUAUUCGUGACCAACCAGGCGAAAGCGCGCGCGACAAUCGAGGUGUUAGAUGUGCUACUUGCCACGGGAGAGAGCAAGCACGUAAAAACAAUCUCCAACGGCAGCAUUCACUCCCCGAACGGUAUCGCGGCCUACAACGCGACAAGCUUCUAUGUCAGUAAUGACAUGUUCAUGGCGCGACGUUGGUCAACCGCUCUACUCCUGGAAGCAAUCUUCGCUAUUCCUGGGGGCACAGUCAUGUUCGUCUCUGUCCCCGCCGAGGCAUUCGCUGCACUUGACGCAGUCGUCGAAAAGAAGCGCGAGGGAGCAAGCGAGAUGAGUGUUUCCACGAUCGCACGCCUCUCACUCGCCAAUGGGCUUGCUUACAACCCGCAUGACUCGCGCCUCUAUGUUGUGUCCUCCACACAUGGAGUCUACACCUACUCGCUCCCCGACCCAAAUUUACCCUCAUCCGUCCACCCGCAUUCCUUCCACCGCACACCGUUCGCGGCCGAUAACCUCUUCUACUCGCACACCCAACGCACGCUCUAUAUCAGCGGCGUGUCAUCCCUCUCUGCCAUCGCAACAUCUAUGGUUUCUCCUGCAGCGCCCCAUGGUCCAUCCUGGACAGUAGAGCUCCUUCCAGAGCUCCAGCGCAUGGGACAGGUCGAUGAGGGCGUUCUGAAACGCGAGAAGGCGUUCCGCGCAGUGGAUCUAGCGAAUCGGCCGUUGAGGGAGCAGGAGAGGCGAUGGAGGAGUGUGUUUAUGGAUGAUGGGGGGUUCUAUGGCGGUGUGAGUAAUGGAGGUGUUGUGGAUGAAACAGGCAAAUUUGUCGCGGUGAGUGUGGUAGGGGAGGGGGUGCUAACUUGUCCUAGCGUGCUGGAGAGGAGGGGCGCUCUAGUCAAAGAAGAGGUUGCGGAGAAAGAUGAGUUAUAG